AAUGAUUUUGAUUUUUAUUAUUUCAAAUCUUGAAUCUGAUUUUAUUAUCUGAAGUAACUAUCUACUACUGUUUGUUUACUAAGAUUUGGUAUAUUUUUUGCGGUAAUAAAACAAGCUAUAAUAAUUCUAUUUGUGGCAUUCUUUGAUAGUUAUAAUCAAGUAUUAGUGAAGGAUGGAGGACGUUACUGAAAUUUUCUUUUCUCCGCUGGACGAGUCAUCGUAUGUGCGACCAUUCAGGUUUAAUUACACGCAGGAUGGAGUUAAGAAGACCUGGGACUUGCUCGAGGUGCACGACAGUGUCUCCGUCGUCCUCUUCAACAUCACCAGAAGAAAGCUAAUCUUCGUCAAACAGUUCCGACCUGCUGUGUACUUCAAUAGCAUCGAUCUGGACGACCGUGAUGCUGAGUUCAUGGAUACGGAGAAGUAUCCCCCUUCUCUGGGUAUCACGUUGGAGAUGUGUGCAGGCAUAGUGGACAAGGAGAUCACACUCGAGGAGAUUGCCGUGGAAGAGGUGAUGGAGGAGUGUGGCUACAACAUUGAGACUAAGAUGUUAGAGAGAAUCAUAUCUUACAGGGCAGGUGUUGGUGUUCAAGGCUCGGCUCAGACUUUGUACUACUGUGAAGUGACUGAUGAAAUGAGAGUUACUACUGGUGGCGGAGUGGACGACGAGAUGAUUGAGGUGGUGGAGCUGUCCAUCCCGCAAGUGGAGAGCAUGGUGGCGGCGCCCGAGCGCCAGCCCGUGCCCACGCCGCCCUCCUGCCUAUUCGGCCUCAUGUGGUUCCUGCUGCACAAGGCCGACAAGUGGCGCAAAACAUUCGAAAACUAUUGCGACGACUGCAAAAAUAAGGAUGAGGAAAAGAAGGAAUUUGUGGCCGUGGUGCACGAGGAACAUUAGACCUGUCUCACGUAUGUACAAAAUGUAUACCUAUCUAGAUAGUUAUACUUGUAUGUAUUAAAUUGCAUUGUGCCACUUUAUUACUUGAGCCAUAUAAUAUUGACACAAUUACUGUGAUAUGUAGUACAUGAAGGAAUGCUAUUAACUAGGCGAUAAAUAACCAAUUCCAUUGGUUCAAAUAUCGCGUCGCGUGUUAUGCGGUUGAUAUAUUCGGAUACUAGUUGUUGUUGCAUAACUUUCUCUGUUAUAAUGUUACUGAGAUUCAGUUUGUAAAUGUAUUGUACUUGAUUUAUGUUAUUUUGAGUACAAUUGCUAUUUAAAUACAUGCAUUAUAGUCACAUAUAGUAAACAGAGUAAUGUUAUUUUUACGUAAUUGUAUAUACCUAGUAUUAAAAGUUGGCUGUGAACAUGUAAUCGUGUUUUAGGUUUUAUUAUUCUGCAAAUGUUUCGGCACUUGCGCACAACCAGUUAUGAUAAGGAAUUCGUGAUGUUCACAAACUAUAAUAAUUUAAUAUUUAAUAAAUAAAUAAUAUAUAAAUUUAGUUAAUAUUUCUGAAAAUGUUAUGCAACUUUCUUUCUGUGAUUAAAUAUAGAAAACUUUACUUUGUA